ACAUUAUGUAUUCAGGCCGCCAUUAUCUGUCAGUUGCUUGAGUAUUCGUCACACCUUAUUAUCGGUGUGAAAUCACUCGUUAAGCUUUGAAGGCAUAUCGUAUAUGUUUUCUUUUUGUGGCAUUGGUUCUUCAUCUCGGAUAUUUUCAUCGUUUAUGUCUGAUUACUUGAGUAUUUCCGAUUUAUAAAUCAUCGACGCGGCAUAGCGGGGAGCUCGGGCUUAACUCUCCGCCGUCGAAGCUGCUGUCGAGGGCGUUUUAGUGAAAAUUCAAGAUGGACGAUCAACAAAGACUAACACAUCCUUCGCAAGGCCAAGUAAACAUGUCCAGUGUAAUGCCUCAAGCUUACGACGGACCAUAUGGACCAGGUGAUCAUGGAGAUCAGAGAAAGCAGGAGAUUGGAGAUGUCCUGCAACAAAUUAUGACUAUAACCGAUCAAAGUUUAGAUGAAGCUCAAGCACGGUAUGGGCAUGGACUUUACUCGCAUUAGGCCUACUCAAACUCAAAGAUAUUAGCCGUACACAUGAAAUUGGUCCUAAAUACUAAUAAUUGAAAUGGAUAUAUUAUAUAGACCUAAUUUAUUCAAAACUUAUAUCUCAAGUUAUAUACCCAUCUGCAGGCCCAGUAUAGAAUUUUAUUAAAAGAUAUAUUAUAAAGGGUGUGGGCAGUAGAAAGUAUUAAUAAUUAGGCCUACAACUACUACUACUUUUCUUUAGUCUUAAACUCUUUUUUUAGACAUACUACUACUAACAACACUUGUUACACCUACUGCCUACUAAGUCUACUUGGAGGACUCCAUAUAUUGUUUAUAAAAAGGCACUUAACCAUUACCUUAGCCGAAUUGCUAGACCACUACAUUUACAUAGUAUUUUUUUAUAAUUAUAAGGCCUUAAGUCUUAACUAUAAUCUAUUAACUUAAUUAACUCACAAAGGUUGCACCGACUGAUAUAUAAAUUAGCAGCCAAAUUUUGGACAGUACUAGUACUAGUUAGAUAUUACUCAAGUCAGCCUGUAAGAUAGUGUUAAAACACUGCAUAUCAGUUAUCAGUCGCUUCAAAAGGUUAGUGUGAAUGGUGCUAACAACAUUGGGUGACACUCACAUGGUGUGACGCACAGUUGAAAAUAGUAAAUAUGACAGAGCUCAAUCAGUGGCUUUCAUAACAAAUAUAAUUUGAUCAGGGUGCCAUAAGAAAUGAGUAGCACAGGGUACCUACUACCAGUGCAGGGUACCACCAGAGCAGGCAGACCCUGAGGUCGAUGGAGAAGUGGGGGGGGGGGGCUUUCCGAUCUGGGGGGCAGUGUCACUGAAAGUUUAUCACUUUUUUUUUACACCAACCGUAACUAAUAUGCAUAACAUAAAAUAGGUGACUAGGCAAAUUUUUCUAAUACAAGACGUUAGCUGCCAAGUCAUUAGUACAGACAACAUGUUGUUGGAUGCGUUCUCUAUUACAUGGGUCAUUUGCAAUUUUGCCAGAAGAAAAUUUUUCCGUAAAAAGGAACGCUCUUGUCACAUAAUUAUAUUUAUGCCUACUGAGCCCUCAUUUUCAAAUUUCACCCGAUUUGGCCUUGGAUUAAUUUACCCCUGUCUUAAAAGAAUCUUAGAUCUUUAAAUGAUUUUAUUAGAUCUGAAUCAGAACAGUAAGUCUAUGGUUUGUGGCGUUUUCUUUGUCACGCUCAGCGGUAGUGACGGUAGUGUUUUUACACAAAUGAUUGUAUCACUGAAACAUAAUUUUUCUUGGAGAAAACUUCUUUAGCCUUAUUAUUAAUUAUGAUUAUGCUUAACCAACUCUUUAGAUAUUUUUAUUUGCCUUGAUUAUUUACAAGUAUAUUUGUAUGUUUCAUACAAAGUGUGACAUGUUACUGGGUUCUCCUGUUUGCCACAGAUAGAUUGUAUUUUUUACACAAGGAUUAAUUGAUACAUUAUUUAUGUAGAGAUUUAAACCACUUUUGCAUUAUGAGGGGACUUAAUUUAGAAGUGCAGUGUACUAAAAUUCAGAUAAGGGGAGACUGAUAGUUAAGAUAAAAUUUGAAGAACUGUGUCUCCUACAGGAGCUCAACCCGACCAUGGGUGAAGUUAAUGGUAUGAGUAGUAUGAGUAUGACCACAAGGUAUGUGGAAGCUGGAAACGAAAGACAGGACAAUAAGAGAAGAAACUUUCUCCUCUGAUUGUCCUAUCUUUUGAUUCAAGCUUCCACAUACCUUGUAGAGUAUGAACACAUAAGGUUUUAUGCAUGUUUGAUAUUUGAAACUUGUAUUUCUAAUUUUAUUUUCAGAAAACACACACUUAACUGCCAUAGAAUGAAGCCAGCAUUGUUCAAUGUUCUCUGUGAAAUUAAAGAGAAAACAGGUAUUUUUGAGCUUGAGAAACUAUUUACAAAAAUUGCAAUGUUAUGAAUGCCUAGAGGUGUCCAUUUAAAAUAACCCCCAACAAUACAUAACCCUUAGGGAUAAAGGUCCAUCCAUCCAUAUAUUCUAUACGCACUACAUGAUUUGGGGGGGGGGGGUUGAUUAUGGAGAUAUUCCAUACUGGUGUUAAGUAGAGUCCUUGGCAGAAUGCAUACGCACAUUUCCCAACUUCUGAAAUUCAGACAUUUCAUAAAAAACUAAAAAUCUUUGAAGACAUUAUUUAUAUUUAUUUUCUUUUGCUAUUAAUAUAAAGAGGAGAGAAAAAAUUGUCAUAUGGUUGCUUUGUGCUUUUACAAAUAACCUCACUGGAAAUUUUUUAAAUAUUUAUUUGGUGAAUUAUUUUUGGCCAGCAAGAGAGUUUUUUUUGUGGGAGACAAAAAGCUUUGGUUAUUUAUCUAUUAUAAAUAGUACUAUUGAGUUUCCUAACCAUCUCUAACAUAUCUGUCUGGAGAUAUCUUUAAUUACAUCAUUAAAAAAUUUUUUUUGUUUAGUCAUGACGAUAUUUAAGUAAUCUUUGUAAAAUAUUUUGUGGUUUUAAGUUCCAGAUUGUAUUUUAUUUCUAUCCUAUUUAAUCUUGAUACAUAUUAUCUUGGAUUAUAAAACUGUAUGCCUGAUAAAUAUAUAAUCGUUACAGUUGAAAUGCUUAAAUGAAGACUUAAUAUCGUGGGUUAUCAAACUAAAUGCCUGAUAAAUAUAUAAUCGUUACACUUGAAAUGCUUAAAUGAAGACUUUCACUCCAACAGUUUUGAGUAUACGUAACACACAAGAAGAAGAACCCCCAGACCCUCAGCUCAUGAGGCUUGACAACAUGCUUAUAGCAGAAGGUGUGGCCGGUCCAGAGAAGGGGGGCGGUUCCACAGCAGCAGCCAGUGCUACAGCUGCAGCCUCAGGAGGUCAGCCAGAUAGUGCCAUUGAACACUCAGAUUAUCGAGCCAAACUGGCCCAGAUUAGACAAAUUUAUCACACAGAACUUGAAAAAUAUGAACAAGUAAGUUGAUGGUUUCAAACCAGUCUCUUUACAAUAUUUCACCACCAAAGCCUGAAGUUUCCCCUCAGCACUUCUCCUGUGUCAGCACCCAGGUCUCUUCUUUGUCAGCGCCCAGGUCUCUCCUGUGAAGUCUCCUUUCAUCACCAUUGAAAGCAUGUAUCUACUUGUUUUGUUAUCAACAUUUGGUAGAGUAAUAGCUCAAAAUGAUUAACUUUUAUAAAAUAAGAGUUUCAACCACAAAUUUUCAGAGAUUACUUGCUUCAUGUUUAUUUUUUAAAUAUAUUGUAAAAGUUUAAGUUUACAACAACAAAAAAUUAAUUAAAUUAAUUUUUUUUUUAAAUGUCAAUCUUCCUGCUUUAUUUCACCAGUUCAAUCAAUGUAUAUAAAUAUCUUUUCUUUUAUCUUAUUACCAUACAAGUCUUUAUAAAUAACUUUUGUUUUCUUCAUUAGUCAUCAAAAUGUUGUUAAAGUUUAGAUAUCAACUACAUCUCACUUUUACCAGGCGUGCAAUGAGUUCACUACACACGUGGUCAAUCUUCUACGAGAGCAGAGCCGCACGCGACCAAUACAACCCAAAGAGAUUGAGAGGAUGGUUGGCAUCAUCAGAAAAAAGUUUUCAGCCAUUGAAAUGCAAUUAAAGCAAAGCACAUGCGAAGCUGUCAUGAUUUUAAGGUCAAGGUUUUUAGAUGCCAGGUAUGUUGUAUUCUGUCUGCAUUUAUUUCUACUUGUAGGUUUUUACCUUCUGGAAUUGACCAGUUCUUAAUUCCAUACUUAAAAACAAAAUAUAACAUAACACUAUGUUCUGACAGUAGCAAUUGAUAAGGCAUUGCCUUGUUGGUGAAUAUUUAGUCAAACUUUCAACCCCUGUUUGUAAUGCUUUUUUUUUUUUUUUUUUUUUUUUUUUUUUUUUUUUUUUUUUUUUUUUUUUUUUUUUUUUUUUUUUUUUUUUAUUAUUUAUUUUUUUUUUAUAUAUAUAUAUAUAUUAUUUAUAAAGAGCAUGUAUGAUAAAAUAAAGAACUUCUGUUUUUAACCAUUUAAAAAAAAAAAUUUAUUUAGAUUCUUGGUCUUUUAUAUUCAUAGCUAAAACAAUUGUGACUUAUAUGUAUGUAUGUAUGUGAUUUGUAAUUUAUGUGUGUCAUAUUUUUUUGUGCCAGUUAAAAGAAAAAGAUUAAGAUCGCUUGCAUAAUAAUUAGUUUAGAGUUAGACUAUAUGUUCUUUUGCAUGAGAAAGUAAAGGAGGCUUUAACUACAUGAUUAUACCACAAUCAUUUUAAGGUAAGUGGUCUCAAAGCUCAAUAAAGCAGUUUUGGUAUGUGAAUAUGAAAAAGAAAAAAAAAUGAUUUUUAUUUUUCCCUCAGAUUUCUUUCCUUGUGAUGAAAUUUAAAUUUUUUGUUGAAAUUUUUUGUUUCUGUAACUGGUCAAACAUUAUUUUCAAGCUGGGUAUUUUUUAAAUUAAAAAAAAUAACACUUAGCGAACCUGCUUUUCUGACAUUCUUUUUUUUGGUUAGACGAAAAAGGAGGAAUUUCACCAAGAACGCAACAGAGAUACUCACAGAGUAUUUUUACUCACACCUGAGUAACCCGUACCCUAGUGAAGAAGUGAAGGAGGAACUUGCCAGAAAGUGUGGGAUAUCGGUAUCUCAGGUUAGUCCUGUCCAGGCAUUUAUUUUCACCAACUCUCUUUAAUACCUGGCGCCAGGUUCUCUCUCCUUGACCCUCUGGGAUGUUCUCGGCCUUCAUCUUCCAAGGCUGCUUUCUGCAACCCUUUUACAAAUUUCAAAGACAGCUGGAAUGAUUGUGAUUGGUAGUUGCUCUCUAUAUUUGUUGUUGCUUUAUGCUUUGCGUCCAGAGAGGCUCCUGAACCCAUGAAGACGAUCAACCAACCGUAAGUAGCCUGUGUUUUGAGUGUUCCAAAAACAAUGUUUCCCUCCUGGCAGCAAAGAUCGCGCAUUUUUUUGGUUUUCCUACUUUUUUUUCUCUUCUAUUCUCUCUGUUGCCGAUAUAGACGCAAGAGAAGGAAUUUCAGCAAACAGGCUUCUGAGAUCUUGAAUGAGUAUUUUUACUCCCACCUAUCUAACCCAUACCCUAGCGAAGAAGCUAAGGAAGAAUUGGCCCGCAAGUGUGGCAUCAAUGUUUCACAGGUUAGUUUUUCGUUGUUUGCAUCUACCAACCAAUCAUUUCAGCAAUGAGCCUCUCCGUCCCGUCACCUGGAACCCAUUGUUAUUGUGUAACCUUUUUUUUUAAGAAACUGCAAAUGUAUUAAUCUAUUUGUAUUACUUUUCUUUGAAUCAGUGCCAUAUUUUCUUUAUACAUUUUUCAAAAUCUUUUUUUCCUCUUAAUAUGAUCAAUAUUUGGUUUGAUGUUAUGCAAAUAAUGUAUCUUUUUUUUCUUUUUACAUCCGAGCUAAAAUGCUUUAUCUUAUCUUUUUUUAUUGAGCUGAAAUUUCGUUCACAGCUCAAUUUAUUAGUACAUCAGACCUGUUUACUCAUACAAUUUUGGCAUACACAAUGUACGAUUUUGAGAUGGAUAUCUCUUCGAAAUAUUGAAUAGGUUUGUUUGUCACUCUACUGGUUAGCCUAAGACUGGCAACUCAAGCAAGAGUGAUGGGCGAACAAAACAUUUGAGAAAAUCUCAGCAUUCAGUUGGCUGAGGCAGCUAGAGAAUGGUACAUCAACAAAAGUAUAUUUUUUUAAAACAGAAGUGCAUGACAAUGGUGACAAAACUGAAGCAUGUCACACCGAUAUUAAUUGAGCAGUUGUAUACAUCUCUGUCAUCUGACUGCCGGCUUUUAUUUCUUAACAAGAGCAUUGAAGAGCCAGUAGAAAGAGAAUGUAUGCCAGCAAAACUGCAAUAUUAUGCUGACAGUAAUGUUGAUUCAAAUGCUGCGCAGGCUGCUAUGCAAUCCAAGAUUCAAAUUUAUGAAGUUUUUUGAAGAAGUGAACUACAAAGAAAUGUUGAUGCCCGGGCAAUGCUAAGUCGCUAGCAUUAAAUCUGCCAUCUGCAAAGACAAUGCAAAUUGACAUUUUCUGUGAACUGACUAAGCUAUGUUUGGCGACUGACAGCAGUAUUGUGUAUUAUUAGUUGGAUGCAUGUAUUUCAAAGAUGUCGGCGCAAUCAACAGUGCGGAUUUCCCCGAGCUGGUGACCCGGCACUUAAAUACUUGUGCAUCCCCGCCACAUCAGCCCUGUCUUAAAGUGACAGCCGGAUUUGUAACUGAUCAGUAGCCUGAACACUAUCACCAUGGCAUCCCCGCCACAUCAGCCCUGUCUUACAGUGAUAGCCGUAUGUGUAACUAACUGAUCAGUAGCCUAAACACUAUCACCAUGGCAUCCCCGCCACAUCAGCCCUGUAUUACAGUGACAGCGGAUGUGUAACCAAUCAGUAGCCUGAACACUAUCACCAUGGCAUCCCCGCCACAUCAUCCCUGUCGUAAAUAUCCCCGCCACAUCAGCCCUGUCUUACAGUGAUAGCCGUAUGUGUAACUAACUGAUCAGUAGCCUAAACACUAUCACCAUGGCAUCCCCGCCACAUCAGCCCUGUCUUACAGUGACAGCGGAUGUGUAACUGAUCAGUAGCCUGAACACUAUCACCAUGGCAUCCCCGCCACAUCAGCCCUGUCGUAAAGUGACAGCCGGAUGUGUAACUGAUCAGUAGCUUGAACACUAUCACCAUGCAAUGCAGAUAACCCAGUUUUUCUGAACAGAAAUUAGGACAAAUGUUGCAAACCAACCAGUGAACCUGUUUCUUGUAGUUCAACCUCUCGCUCAUCUACUCAGUUGCGCUUCUAGGCCGCACAAUAACAAUUUUACGAUCUGUUUAUUUAACUUAACAAUUUUACUCACCGACUUCAAAACUUUUGUUCUUAAGUGUGCAUUUGAUUUUAUGAAAAUUUUUCUCCAAGAGUAUUUGUUGUUUCCACCAAUUAUUACCAAUGUAAUAUAACUUACACAUCAACAGUUGACAUUUACAACUUUGACUUCUGACAUGGGUGAAAUAAUACUUUUUGUAGCUAUUUGACCUGGUUUCAAUAAUUUUGUAGCAUUUUCAAAGGCCUAUUCAUUAACUUUCUAAUUUUUUGUAAUUCCUGCUUUAUAAAAAGAAAAAAAAAUAUCUCUUAAAUCUCUAUAACUAUUGUUUGAAGAUGUAUAAUUAGAAUACAAAGUUAACUCCAUUUUCUCACAAUAAAAGAGCAGUUCCCAGUUUAUUAUAUAUUCAUCACUGUCAAUUUUUUACAAGUGGACAAUUGUAUUUCUGCCUUGCACUCACACCCCCAAUGAGUAUAGUGUAAUUAAUAAAUGGAGGAUGGAACUGAAUAUGACUGCAGGGAGUUAAUGGAUACAUCAGCUCUGGCAUAUAUGGUCAUUUCUUGACUACUUUCACCAUAUUUUUCACUAGGAAGGAAGUAAAACCAGUUUAUCAGAAUUGUCCUUCUUUAACAAACCUACACUUUGUGAUUCACAUUUGUAAUAUUCUUUGAGCUAUAGGUAUCAGCCGAUGAUACUGUUUGUGGCUUAAGAUGUGAAAAUCUUAUCAUUUUUCUGCUCUCUCCUUCUUUGUUUGUCUCUCUUCUGCUUGGUUGCCACCAAUGUUCUUUUCUUUUUCUCUCAUGUAGGUCUCCAAUUGGUUUGGAAACAAGCGCAUUCGUUACAAGAAGAACAUUGGCAAAGCGCAAGAGGAAGCCAACUUGUACGCAGCCAAAGCAGCAUCCGCAGCCUCAUCACAGAUGGUGACAGAUCCUUCUUCACCGACUGGUAAAGGUUUAACUUUCAAAUUUCAAUUUAAAAAAUGUAACUUCUUGAUAAGCAAUUACAAUACCACAUCUCAUAUGAGGAUGCUUGUAUCUGUACGUGUUGUUUUUUACUCUUUCACACAAAUUACCCUCAAUCAAUUAUUUAAAUGCACCCCGCACCUUUAUAGACAAGUGCAUUAGUAAGAAGAGUUGAGAGAUGACGACUUGUUUUAGGAGUUUAAAUCCCAUGAGCAUGCAUGUGCGUGGCAUUGUAUGAAGCAUAUUUAAAAAGUGGUGCUAUCAUAAGAGACGCUAACACAGUGGCUUCCAUUCAGUAUGUUAUAACGGAGUGGUUCAUAUGAUAUCAUGUCACCAAGGGGCAGUGGUCAGGAGAAGAAAAAAAAGAACCACUGUAUUAAAGUGUUGUGAGCUAUCUGCAUGAGAAGCAACAUGUUUAGUUAGUGUGUUUGGUACUAUAGCUUAGUACUCAUGCCAGCCAGCAUACCUUGCUUAUUCUUGCACAUAUUUAUUAACAGUGUUUUGUUGAUGUGUGACUUAAUCGGACAGUUUUAACAUUGAGCUUUGAUAUUGAGAUGUUUUCUGGUUUUUCUCUGUUGCUUUUCUUUUGUGUUUUUUUUGUUUAAAGAACGGUCUACUAUUAACACUUGAUCAGAGUAAGUCCAAUCUUUUCAAUGAAUGUUUUCGUUUUGUAGGUUCAAGUAACUAUAGCCUCCCUUCGUCACAAUCUCAGAUGGCCGGACAAGGGGGAAUGUACAUGAACCUAAAUGGAGGAGAAAAUUACCCUGGGGGAGAAAACUCUGUAGGUGAUCAGUAAAUAUAUUAUACAUAUUGUUAUCCUCCCCUUUUCCCAGCUCCAUAUUUUUAAUGUCUCAUGAAGUUGAUUUCUGAGUUCACUGACAGGUGGUUUACUGGAAUAUUUUCUUUUUUUUAAAACUUAAUUUAAAAAAUUUUUUUUUUUUUUUUUUUUUGGAAAGACAUUUUUUAAUAUCAAAUCUCAUCUUUCCAUCAUAUCUCAUCUUUCCCUCAGCUUUUGUUGACAGUGCAUUAUAGCUGCAUGUUGCUCAUAUUUCUAUUUCUUGCCAUUGAUAUUCCAGCAUGGCUUCUCAGGGUGGCCUCGAUCUAAAAAAAACUAUCAAAAAUAGUUUUAUUUUUUAAGAAAUUACUUAUUUGUUAAUUAACUCGUCUACCACAUGCGGCUGUAAAUAUGUACAAAGCCUUUUUAUUUUCUGCCAUGGGGUUGGUGAAAUUUUUUUUUAAAAUGUCUUUUAUCUUUCUCAUUAUCCCAUUUCUCAUCUCUAUCCUUUUCUUAUCUCUCUCUAUAUCUCUUUCUUAUCUCCCUCUAUAACCCAACGUUUAAUCGUCAAGGGUGAUCCUGAUUAUGAGCCUCUUCCAUACUUAGCUAGGCAUAGGUGGUGAAAUAGGCAACUGGCACUAACUCAUUGUUUUAGGCAUGACAUUAGAUUUAGGAAGACUGGAAUGUUCUUAUCUUCAUUGUGGCUUUCUGUCUCUUGUGAGUCUGUAGUGUUUCAGCUACAUCAUGUUAAGAAUACUUUGCUUCAAGUAACACUUCAACUGUUUUACCAUGGCAACAAAAACAUAUCACUUUAAAAUUGUCAGACAUCUUAACCUGGAUUAUUCAAGGGUGUCAACUCUGGUCCAUCUUUUGCUUAAGUUAUCAUCCUUGAAACCAUUAAAUUUUAUGUUGGAUUUUUAAAAUUUUUUAGAAAAAUCAUUGACUCAUAGUAUCAGACAUCUGGUAAUAGUCAUCUGCAGGACACUUGAAUAUCUUAACCUGUUGAUUAUUUUAUAUCUUGAUUUCAGGGGGUGGGUUGGACUGUGUGGAAAGAUCUUAACUAACUUUAAAGAAACAAUCUUUGUUGCCCUCUUAAACUGAUAUCAUGUCACAUUCAAUAAAUAAUGAGCUGAGCCUUGUUCAGCCGCUUACAUUGAUUACUGAUAUCAAUUUUGGUAAAAAAUUUCAGAAAACAAGCCUACUGGCAUCAGUGUUAGUGUUUGAUAGUUUUCAUUUCUGUUACGUUAUUUAGGAUUUAAAUUUUUGGGCUUACGUUAUAAGUUUAUCAACAUGUAUUGGAAUUUAAUUUUAAGUAAACCACCAAGGGCAUGGGUUAUAUACUAAUUAUUUGAGAGUGUAACCUUAUGAGUCCAAACUUUAAUAAAAAAUAUAUGUAAGUUUCCCCAAAAAAAUAUUUUUGUUUAUGACUUUGAGUGAAUAGAUUUAAGCAACGAAAACUAAAUUCACAACCUUUAUUUUAUCAGCAAUUGAAGAUUGUUUCGUCUUUGUACUUUUAUUUCUCACAAUCAUUUUCCCGUUUUAUGAUUUUUUCAGUGGGGACUUGAAGACUCCGAGUGAAAACAAAAAUAGAAGUGAGAACUGAUUUUUUUUCCUCUCCCUUAUUAAUAUCUUAAUUCUUUGUUUGUAUUAUAUUUUUCUUCUCUUUUGUUUCACGGGGACUUAAAAUUGAAAAAAUUUGUGGUUUAAUUUUUGUUCAAUUUUUAGUUUUGUUAAAGGGGCUUGACUUGUGCCACUUAAUUUGUUCCUGUGAAUAUCUGCGUUUCCUUUCUCUCUCAAUGUUAACAUGUCAAUAAAUGGUCAUUUUAUUUUUGUAAUCUCGUAUCAAAGACUGAACAAGUCUAUCUACAUUUUUAUGAACAAUUAUUAAAAUGCGCGAAGCCCAACUGGUACUCAAUUUUAAAUUGUGUUGUGUAGCGCAUGCUUUUUGGCCAAAUAUUGAUGUUCUUUACUCUUUAUAAGCGCUCUCUGUUUUCUUUUUGUUACCUUGGUUUUUCAUUGUGUUGCCUUCAUUUGUCUUUGUGUUACCUUGAUUUUUCUUAAGUGAAUUUUGUUUCCUUAUCCUCAAAUUGACCAAAUGCUUUUGCUAAUGGUUUUUAAUGUAUCAACAUUUGUGUAGCUAUAGACAGCUUAAAAGUUUAGAAACUCCAAUUUCUUCAAACAUUUGCUUAAUUUAAGGAAUUUUUUUUCCUAUUGGCAUGUUAAAAUUGUUUUUCGAUGCAUGCAACCAUAAGCUUUUUAUGAGAUAUGAAUAUAUUUGUUUAGAUUGUUUGAAUAACCUCAUUCUGGUUCAUGUGCACGAGGGUGGUGAAGUAUGGUGAAAGUAAAGCUUCUGCUAAACCCUCCUUCUCUUCACACCAAUAUAUUCUCAUUUAUUUGUUAUCUUUUUGGUGGGACUUUGUUACUCUUUAGUGUUUAUAACCGCUCUAAUAAAUUUAGCUCUGCGAUUGAGAUAAAUGUUAUUCCAAAUUUAAACCUAUAAAACCUGUUAAAUGAUAUUCCUGUUUUUAUUUCAGUGAGAUGUUUCUAAGUGCAAGAGGUCAACAAGCCUCUCCAGUGACAUGCCAGGUUGUACGCACCAUCUAAAAUAGCAUAAUUUAAAGAACUGCUCACCUUCAUUGAUAUUACACUUUAGGGAAUGUAAAAAAUAUUUUCAUUGUAAUGAAGUUGUUUUAAUUUCAACAACUGUAACUGUGUGUGUUUUAAAAUUAGAUAAUUGAUGUUUUUCCCUUCCCACCGUUUUAAAACCACGAUUACAAUCGGUGCUCGUGCUGCAUACACCUCACCCCUUUUUUGUCUCCCCUUUUUUGAAAAGAAAUCCAGUUGCUGGAUUAAAAUAGUUGAUAUACCGUAUCCGAAUAAUGAUGUCUUUUAAAUUAAAAAAAAAAUAGAUGGUUUACACUUCAAUAAUUGUAUUUUAUAGCAUUUGGAUAUAUGUGGAAAUUUUUUUUUUUAAAUACUCUAUAUUACCAUGUAUAAUGCAAGAAAAUUUACGGUACAAAAAUGCCACUUAAAAUUAGGGGUUAACAUUAUACAACUGUAUUAGAAAUUUUUCCUUAGCGGUAAACUUUAUUUAUUAAUGCCUAUGCAACCAAAUCUUUUGGGUCUAGUCACUAAUGUCGAUUGAGGAGUGCGCAUAACCUUUAAAUAUAAUAUAAAUGAUUUUGAAUUUUUUAUUAAAGAUAAAUGUUUAUAUAGUUAAUUCAUAUUGAGUUAUUAUGGAGAGAACACAAAAAACAGAUCCCAUUAUUGCCAUGGCAAUUGAGGGCUUUUUGUCAAACCAAAAGUUAGGGGUUUGCAUGAGAUGUGGAUUGCGUUAUACACGUUCAUAUAAGGUAUACCAACAACCUCUACUUCCCCAGCCUUGAUAGGAUUUGGAAGUAUAUGAUCUGUCAGUACAAUCUAAGAAUCACAUUAUUUUAAAUUGCCACAGUCAUAUUUUUAAAAGUUAUUUCAAAUAAAUUUAGGGUUAGUAUCUGAUUUAAAAAUGUUGCUUUUUAUUCAUUAAGCUUUUAUGCUUUUAAGGUUGUUUGUGUAAUAAAAACAAAGAGAUGAAUCUUGGACAAUCCAGAGAAAGGCAAUCUAUUUUUUUAAACUGGGGUGGAGUUUGUUCAGUUGAGUGACUAGUUAAAUAAAUGGUUUUUAAAAGUCAUAUUUUCAUACAUGGGGGCAUUAUAUUACGAGAGGAGUGCAAAUACACACAUAUUUUAUCCUUUUCAAGAGUGAGGCAGUUCCUCCUAUUUGGGUAAUAUUUUAAAAAUAAUAACCAAUAAGUUUGAAGUCAUUUUUAAAAUAAUUUAAUUUAUGUCUUUGGGUUUUUCAAAAUUAAUAUUCAGAUGUCACAGAAAGAUUGUGUUUUGAUAGGUGGUGGUAUAAUUUGAUACAUUUCCUGGAGAGAUGGAUGUGAGAGCUGCUGUAAAGUUGAAAUGAAAGUGAACAAAUUUUGUGAUUUAACAUGAAUCUAUUGUUCAUUUUUUUUUUUAAACUGUUCCUUAAUGUUGUAAGUCACUUUGGAUUGAGCAUUUAACCCCUUCGCUACUAUUCUGAUACACAUCUUAGGGCACAAUAUUUGUAUUUUUAUUGUACAUCUUGAUGUAGGAGAAAUAUUGGCUCAUUUUCAUUGUGUAAGCCUACGGCCAUUGGUCCAAUGACCUAGGCAAAGUCUGGUUCAUACAUUUGUACUGCAAGACAAGAUUAUAAAUUUGCAUUUUUUAACAUCAUAGUCAAAUCAUUAACAAUCCAUGGCAAUCAUGCUCAUUAAUCUUAAAACAAUCGAUGGCAAUCAUGGUCAUUAAUCUUCUUUACCUAAUUGAAUCGGUUAAAAUGAAUCUGAGGAUUCUUUCUCUGAGAUGGAGCAUGUUUUGAAUUGCUCAGCACUGGACUCUUGAUUCAAAGGAUCAAGUGAAACAAGGGGCAAGUGAAUGAAUGUUUUGCCAAAGUCAGUUGAGAGCUUUGUGUUUUCUUAACUAAACUGUAUUGCCUAAACCAUCAUGGCACACUAGUGAUUUUUGUGCCUGGAGGAAAAAAGAGAAAUUUCUCUUUCAAUUAGUUACAUUGUCCCAUCGUGUUAUGUUGAUAUUGAAAAGUUCUUUUAAAAAUUAUUCAGCGCAUAUAACCUUUUGUCACGUAUUGCCAAUCUUUCCUUUCAUCCUAAAAAUUCCUAUUAAAUCUGGACUUUUUUUUGUUUGCAAAAGUACAAACGUACAAAAAACGAAGGGGUUAAAUGAUAUUUAGACGGUAUGAGACCUCAUGUUUUUAUGUAUGUAUACGUAGUAUACAACUUUGUAUAUAUUUAUAUAGAAAAAUUCAAAAAUGUUUUAUCUUUGUUUCAUUUUAUAUUGGCACUAUUUUUGUAAACCAAAGUUUACAUUUUUUUGGUUGGGGAAUCUGGGAUUUACAAAUGUAUUUUGCUGAAGAAAAAAUGCAGGGAAUAAGAAAAUAAUGUAACUAUUAAUUAUUCUCAAUUGCAAUAAUUUAUGCUGAAAGAUUUACUACUAUGAUAAAUUAUGGUAUCUAAAUAAAGAUCUGCUGCCACCAAGUUUAAAACCUGCCAUAAGAUACGUGGUUUUGUAGAUUUCUUUAUAUUGUAUGAAGGUCACAUGACACGUGGAAGAGUGAAUGAGUUGAUGUUGAGAGUUCAUUGGCGUUCAUUACCACUCAAUUACCCCUUACAAUUUGUGUUUGAUUUUGCAAGUACUAAUGCAAUAACUAGUUGUUUUACUAAAGUGAAUGUUGUGUUUAUUAUUCAUUUGGUUUGGGUUAGGUUUUUUAAUCUAUUUACAUGUGCUAAUAGUCCUGAAAGGAACACUGGUCAACUCCAGUCUUGAAAAUUCAAAUAAAAUAUUUUUUAUAGGUACUAUCAUAUGCUGAGGAUUCUUUCCUCUGGUGGUCCUUACGUCCGCUCUAAAAAAAAAAAAGGUGCACUUGUGAAAUGUGAUUUUAUUAUGAACUGAAUAUUUUGUAUAUAGUUGGCUGACCAUCAAACUCUUCAGAUUGUUCAAUUUUAGAUUUAACUGAAGAAGAAAAAGGUCCAACAAGAUUAGAUUUGUAUUGCCCUGUGUUGUAGUAAAAUACGUUUUUAAAAAAAAAAUUAAACAUUGUGUCCUAGUUUUUAGCGCUCCCUUUUGAGAUUAAACUGUCAAAUGUGAACUCUAUUGCCCUGUUAAAUUUGGGCCCUUUAUUUAACAGUUUCAUGAAUUUGGUUGUGCCUAUGAAUUGAUAAGUAUGUCAAAGUCAUGUGUCCAUUUGGAAAUGUGUUUAAUUUGAAACAACCAAAGACUUUGUUGUUGUUAUAAAUCUCUAUAUAUAAAUAUGCUAUAGUCAAAUGGUUGGAUGUUCCAAUUAUGAAUUCAGCCCCAACUCAGAAUGGUGAGCUAGUAUUUAUACAUUUCUUCAUUAACUUUGAUUAAAUGUUUAAAAAGUUCAUUGACUGACAGUAAGAAUUUUUUUUAAAGAUCUUGUGCACUGUGUGAAAACAAAAGUUUACCGUUUGUACACAUUUUGCGAUAUGCCAUCAUUUUUACUGACAGUUAUUUAUGGAAAUAAAAUGUUGCAGGGAUAUCUGUGUAGCUUUUUGAGUUUGUUUUAGCAUUUAAAAAAAAGUCAAACAUUUGUUUUGUUUUACGAUUUGAAACGGAUAUUAACCCCAGAAUUUGAAAUCAAAUGUAAAGAAAAUGAAAAUUAAAUGGAUUUUUUUCUUCAAAGAAAUGUCUAUAAUGUAUAAUAAUUGGAGUUGUUUCUUAAUUAAGUGUUCAAUUCUGUCAAAAAAAACAAAAAAAUCAUUUGUCUAUAUUUACUUGCAAUUCACUGGAUUUAAAAAAGCCAUUUAUAAGCACCAUAUUGACCAGCUCAUCAGUGCUGGGUGAACUUAACCUAUUAACAGGAUUAAUGGUAAUAAGUGCAGGUAUAUUAAUUAAAUUUAAUACAAUAUAUGCCAGCUCUAAAAACUUUCCCACUGAUGACCCACCAUCCAACUUGUCCUAUUUCUGCCAUCUUGGCACAACUAAAAACUAUGUUUAUAGAAUAGGAUAUUGCAUUCAUUUACACAAAUAACUUCACCAAAAGACAAUGAUUAUUGUGCAUGGUUCAUUUUAUGAAAAUAUUAUACUAUAUGG